AUGUUCUCCCGGCGCGCCGUCACGCGAGUCACCACCCUCACCCCUUCCACCCCCCUCGCUCGCCCCUUUAGCAGCGCCCAAUGGCUCCAGCGCGCACCCGCCCUCUCCGACAUCCAACCCAACAACGCCGCGCCCUUCGACCAGAAGCAAAAGGAGUUCCGGGACAACCUCUCCUCAGAGGUCAAGAAGCAGCGGGAAGCAGAACGUUCGUUGAGAGACACCACCCGCGCUAAGUCGUCUUCUACUUCCAGCACUUCUUCUUCUUCUCGUGAUGCUGUUGCACCUGACAAUGCCGUGACCCCGCAACCUGAUGAAGGUCUAGGCUCACUAUCGACUGUUACAGGUGAAGCUGCGCGCCAGCAGGACGAUGCGAGCAGCAAGAAGAAGCCCGGCUCGGGGCGACUCAGCAACCUCAUCUACGGUACCGAAGAGGGGAGGGAGAUGGAUCGCGAUAUCGAGCGGAGCUUCAGUCAGGUGCUGGCGCGUGGAAAGUACGUGCACAGCAUAGUGUUUCACGAAGUGAAGCCGGACAAGGUGGAUGAGUAUGUGGACCUCGUGGGUGGGUGGUACCCGAGGAUGGCCAGCAUGCCUGAGAACAAGGUGCACCUUGUGGGCAGCUGGAGGACUGAGGUGGGAGAGUGCGAUACGUUCGUCCACAUCUGGGAGUACCAACGCUACGAAGGCUACCACGCGUCCCUCCACAACAUCCAGCACCACCCUGAGUUCCCCGAGUUUGACCGCAAGCUCAAGACACUCAUUCAUAGCAAGAAGACCUCACUCAUGCAAGAGUUCCGCUUCUGGCCCACCACACCGCCACGUCAACUCGGCGGCGUCUUUGAGCUGCGAUCCUACACACUCCACCCGGGCAACCUGCUCGAGUGGGAGACGCAUUGGCAGAAGGGUCUUGCGGCGCGUAGGGAAGUGAUGGAAGGUGUCGGGGCGUGGUUCGUGCAGAUCGGCGACCUCAACAUGGUCCACCACCUAUGGCAGUUUGCCGACCUCGAAGAGCGGAGAGCGCGUCGCGAGCAGAGCUGGAGCGUUCCCGGCUGGGGAGAAACUGUGCACAAGACCGUGCCGCUCAUCCAGACGAUGAAGAGUCGCAUCAUGGUGCCGAUGCCGUGGAGCCCGAUUGCUUGA